ACAGAACAACGAAACACGGUGACAUUUACAGCGAAAUUUCUUGACAAAGUCAAUAUAAUUCGUAAUUGCAUUCGAUGGAAGGCAAUCAGAAGCAAAAUAAACUCGACAAUCCUACGCCUCCCUGCCAUGAAUUCAUCGCCAUCGAGCAUUUUUGCGUUUAUUUCGUGGAAGAUUUAAUACAUACGGCUUCAGAGAUUCUGAGAGAUAAAAUGAAGUGCGACAUAUUUUACGAUUACACGGCGUUGAAAAUCGAGGAAAAGAUACACUGGUGGCCGAGGAUAAAGGAUUUCACUAUUACACUGGGCGCCGCGAAGAUCGAUGAAUACAUCAACAACUCUAAUGAAGCGGAUGAAGAUUGGCACUACGCCAUAAAUUUUAGAAGAAUUGAUAGCGACUCGACCAGCGAUUACUACGAAUACGAAGUCGUAUUCGCCAUACCCACGCCCAUGUAUCCCAUACCGCAGGGCACUGUAAGCCUGUAUUUCAAGUACGAAUUAUCGCGUACAAAACCGGCUCAUUGUCCUGUUGACAUAACGUUUCAAAUGGAAGGUUUCGGAACCGUUAUGAAACCGUACGAUCUCGUUAUCAAUGACAAAUUGUUGCUCAGGGGCAUCAAAACUAAGCUGGCUAAUUACAAGCAAUUUACCUUCUAAUUCAAAUAUUUGUUCUGCUGGUAUUAAUAAGUACUUAUAAAGCAUGUUAUUAUUAUUUAUA